UCAAACAGGGCGUAAGGUCGGCGCCCAUAGGAAACCCCUGUAAAAACCCCUGCUUUUACACUUUGAGGUUUGCGUUGAAUCCACUAAAAUUAAUUUCGAAAAAAAAUGCUUCAAGCCUGUCGUCGAUCGCGAUCUCUUUCCAGAUUAUCCGGCGUCGUCGUCCGACCUCUCUGUACAAGUGCUUCUUCAAUCCCUCCUCCCAAAGAGGCUCUUAUUUCCCCUUCUGCAGAUGUGAUCACCGAUCCUUCAAACCCAUCCUCCCAAAAGAUCUUCACUUUUCUUAAGUUGGGUCUUAUUGCAGCCAUCACCGGAGCAACUACCGGCGCCGCUUAUGCUACUUACGCUUACAGUUUAGAAGAAGUAGAUGCAAAGACUAAGCCUUUCAGAGAUUCUGUUGGUUAUGCUGUUGAAGACAACAAUGGCUCUAGUAUUGAUAAAUUUCAGAGAAUUCUUUACACAACUGCAGCGACAGUCCCUGCUAAAGCCGUUGAUCUGUAUUUGGAUCUCAGGAGUAAAAUCGAAGAGCAAAUUCGGGGUUUUGCUGAACCUUCUUCAGAUAAGCUUCUCCCAGAUCUGCAUCCUUUGGAACAGCAUGUGUUUACUCUAGUGUUGGAUCUUAACGAGACUUUAAUUCACUCCGAUUGGAAGCGUGAAAGGGGGUGGCGAACUUUCAAAAGACCGGGAGUGGAUUCUUUCCUUGAACAUCUAGCAAAGUUCUAUGAAAUCAUAGUAUACUCUGACCAACAAAGCAUGUAUGUUGACCCUAUUCUUGAAAGACUUGACCCAAAGGGAUGUAUAAGAUACAGAUUGUCCAGAAGUUCAACGAAUUAUCGUGAUGGAAAUCAUUUCAGGGACCUCUCUAAGCUUAAUAGGGAUCCUGCAAAAAUUCUUUAUGUGAGUGCACAUGCCAAAGAAUCCAGCCUACAACAAGAGAAUUGUGUUGCUGUAAAGCCGUGGAAACUUGAAGCAGACGACACAGCUCUUCUGGACCUAAUCCCAUUUCUCGAAUAUGUUGCACGACAUCCACCAGGUGAUAUAAGACCAGUUUUGGCCUCUUAUGAAGGACGAGAUAUAGCUACAGAGUUCAUUGAACGCUCCAAAGAGCAUCAGAGGCGAAUGUUAGCCCAGAAGAACCAAUCCAAUUUUUGGCGGCGUUGAUGCUCUAACCAUGGUCAAGAAAGUCGCAUCAGUUGACAUCUCAUUAUAAUCGCCACUUUGGUAACAAAAUAAUUAAAAACUAUACUCCAUAUUUCGUUUUUCUGAUUCAUAGUUUGCAUCACCGCGUAAAUUGACGUUGCAGUUUCAUUUAAGACGAUUAUUUUUUCGGUAUGGUAAAUUGCGAGGCACGACAGAAUUAGUUUCGUGAAUUUUGUGUUAGAAUUUAACAUGUUUAUUGGCCCAUUCAAACACUUCACCAUAAGGUCUCCUUUGUCCUUCUUUGGAUUACAUUAAAAUAUUUAUUAGUUA